AGCGGACAGGCGGAAGUCUCUCUCCGGCUCAAUCCUACGCAGGGUGGGCGGGGCUCCCGAGGCGGAAGUGGUUGCCAUGGUUGCCGGGGGCGGGCUUUGAGGCCUACUCGAGGAAGUCGAAGCCUGCGCAGAAGCGGUGCUCCGUUUCCGGGAAAGGGGGAUGACGCAGGCGCAGAUCCAGCUGUGCUCGCUCCUUCUGCGCGAACACUUUGGGGAGAUUGUGGGGGCCAUUGGGACACAGCUCAUCCGGAGGGGGGGGCAGCCCUUGGGGGUCCUGGCCCACCAGGCACGCAGGCCCCUCCACCAGGUGCGUAAGGCGCUGUGUGUGCUGAUCCAUCACGGCCUGGUGUCCUUCCAUGCGCCGCGGAGGCGUGGGGCGCCGGUGGAGUACGAGGCUCGGUGCGAGUGUGUCCUGCGCCUCCUGCGCUUCCCGCGCUACAUCUACACGGCCAAGACCCUCUACGGCGAUGCCGGAGAACUCCUCGUGGAGGAACUGCUGCUCAACGGACAGAUGCCCAAGGGAGCCCUGAUCAGGAAGGUGGCCGACCGGCUGACCGACACCAUGGAGGAGGGCAAAACGAUGGACGACGGCGAGGUCUCGGCCACCUUUGUGCGCCUGGCCGACACUCGCUUUGUCCAGCAGUGCCCUUUGACCCCCCGCGAAAGCCAAGUUUCCUCCUCCGAGACCGACGCCUGUGCCGCUCCCAAACCCAACCUCGCAGGGAAAGGGAAACGGAGGCAUUCUGAUGGCGAAGAGGAGGAAGUGGAGGAGGAAGGCGAGAGGAAGGCCAAGCGGUCCAAGCAGGAGGCAGGCGCCAAGGAGCCUCCUGGACCUGAAGAAGGCAUCUACUGGCAGGUCAACCUGGACCGCUUCCACCAACACUUCCGGGACCAAGCGAUCGUCAGCGCCGUGGCCAACAGGAUGGACCAGACCAGCAGCGAAAUCGUGCGGACGAUGCUGCGGAUGAGCGAGGUCACCACCGCCCCGGGCGCUCCCUACACGCAGCCGCUCUCGUCCAAUGAGAUAUUCCGGUCGCUCCCUUCCGGCUACAACAUUUCCAAGCAGAUCCUUGACCAGUAUCUGACGCUUCUGGCCGACGACCCGCUGGAAUUUGUUGGGAAAUCUGGCGAAAGCGGCGGAGGGAUGUACGUCAUCAACCUCCACAAAGCCUUGGCCUCUCUGGCCACUGCCACGCUGGAAUCGAUCGUCCAGGAAAGGUUUGGCUCCCGCUGUGCACGGAUCUUCCGCUUGCUUUUGAGGAAGAAGCACUUGGAGCAGAAGCAGAUCGAGGACUUUGCCAUGAUCCCGGCCAAGGAGGCCAAGGAGAUGAUGUACAAGAUGCUCUCCGCCAACAUCGUCGCCUUACAAGAAAUCCCCAAAACCCCGGACCACGCUCCUUCCCGGACCUUCUACCUCUAUGGGGUGGACACGCUCUCGGCCGCCCGCAUGUUGCUCCACCGCUCUUACAAGAGCGUGGCCAACCUGAUGGAAAGGCGGCUCCACGAGACCAAGGAGAACCGGCGCCUGCUGGAGAAGUCCCAGCGGGUGGAGGCCAUCCUGGCGUCCUUGCAGUCAUCCGGAGGGGCCGAGGAGGCCCAGCUGCAGGAGAUCGAGGAGAUGAUCACGGGCCCCGAGCGCCAGCAGCUGGAGGACCUCAAGCGCAACGUCCACAAGAUCGACGCCAGCGAGAACCAAGUGGACGAGACCAUCUUCAUCCUGGAGUCGUACAUCAACAGCACCAUCAAGCGAUGAAACGGACCUCUCUUCCUCCUUUAUUUUCAUAAAUAAAUUGUUUUGGUGCACAGAAA